AUGCUCCAGCCAAGCAACAUCAUACAUCCCGACGAGUUCUUUUUCCCAACUCUCGCUUACAACAGCCAACUGCGCCUGCCUGGAGCUUGUCUGCAUAGCCCAGCACCCGAAUCUGAAGUAGGCUUUAACUAUUUGGCCAAGUUUGUCAUUUGGGAAGGCUGCAGCAUAAAUUGUACUACUAAAUACGUUAGGGAUGUCUGCAUUCUUGGAACGGAUCAUGUGGUGCGGUUGCAGACUGUGCCACACCUAUUUGCCAACAAGUUCCACGCUGACUACCAACCAGAAGCAUACGAUGAGAUGGAGCGUUGGUACUUCCGACGAGUGGCGGCUGAAAUAAAAUCAGGCUCUUAUGACAGGAGGACGUUUAAUCCAACAAUUUACGCCGAACGUUUGUGUUCACGAUAUCAUAUCUAG